AGGGUUACUAAUGCGCACUAUAUCCUAUCCUUCACCAACGACCGUUUCUCUGACUCUGUCUUACAUCGCAUGAUGUAAUUAUUGUAUAGUUAACUUAUGACAAGUGACUCCUGUUUCUUUUUGAGCGGUGUCAUAGUUUUCAUCUGUUGAUUAUCUACAGUAGUUCUACUCGCGCAUCUCCCAUCGUCUCUCCGGUCUCUUACGGAGGGAGAGCUGGGAGACACUGCGGCGGGCUAAUAGAGGUCUCUACUGCAUAGUGGUCGGUUGGCAUAACGCUGACUCAACUAACGGUGAAGUCAUGUGGCAAAGAAUUCUGAUUUGCUGCGCACUGCUUGCGAUGUAUUCGGCGGCACCACCCGCGCACAUCAACCGUUUGGCGCUGUUCCCUGACAAGAGCGCUUGGUGCGAGGCCAAGAACAUCACACAGAUAGUUGGGCACACGGGAUGCCAGCCUCGCUCUAUCCAAAACAGGGCAUGUCUGGGGCAGUGCUUCAGUUACAGCGUUCCCAACACAUUCCCCCAGUCCACUGAGUCUCUGGUGCACUGUGACUCCUGCAUGCCAGCGCAGACACAGUGGGAGGUGGUGACCCUGGAGUGUCCAGGUAGCGAGGACACACCUCGAGUGGACAAGCUGGUGGAACGGAUCCUUCACUGCAGUUGCCAGUCCUGCACUAAGGAGGGUGGCCAGGAGGGGGCGCUGAUGCAACUGUACCCGUCAGAGGGCACGUUGGAUGCCCCCACUCUGCCUGAGGGUCACCUCAGUGCUCACACACAUACUCGCUCCCAGUCAGACACGCACUUGCAUCACACUCACACACACACGGAUCCUCACACGCUAACACACACAUCUGAUGGAGGAUAGUCCUGAUCCACUCCUCUGUCUCCAUUCACCUUCCAGCCCCAUCCCUGUACCACCUCCCUCCAUUAGUCUCACAGCUCAGCAUCCCGUUAUAUCAACCCACCAGUGGUUUCUUGAUAUAACACUUAAAAGCACUAUGAAAUUAAGACUUCACGUAUACACAUCCACUAAAUCUCCCUAAUUCUCAAACUGUUUAUUACAUAUUUGCACAUGCAUGUUCAUGUUGCACUGUCUAUAAGACAGCCACAGAACCCAUAGGGUUCACAUACUGUAUCAACCCACCAGCUUGUAUACACAAUUUGUCAUUAAUCUUAUUUCUGACAUGCAUUCACAAAAUUGUACACCCAUGACACAAUCAUUUUUUGUUACGCUGUAGUAUCUAUCCAUAUGUUUUUAUCUGCUUUGACAUACAAUAAAUUAUAGAGCUAAAAUGCU